UAGUACCAAUUCCGGUUAGUAUACGGUGCUGCUAAACGUAAUAGCAAUUUAUCUGAGAAUGUUUUUAAUGCUGGUCAUCUGUAUUUGAGAUUUGAAUUGAAUUUAUGAAGACUGUUUAGUGCACAGAAAUUGCAGUUGAUGUCGAAAUCGUAGUGAAUUUAUAUAUUUAUUCCUGGUCACACACUAAGCCCAAAGCAACUUGAAACAGAAAAAACUUCCGAGAAUAUGUAACUUAUCAAAUUAUUCAAAAUCCCAUGAAUUAACCAGAUUCUAAUCAUAAUCUCGUUUUCAAAUUUUACGAAACAAUGCGAUACGCACAAUUGGUUAUGGGUCCUGCCGGAUGUGGAAAGUCCACAUACUGUUCUACAAUAGUCAAGCAAGCUGCAGAUGACAGGAAGACUAUUGAUGUUGUGAACCUUGAUCCAGCAGCUGAAUAUUUUGAUUAUCAACCAUUGGUUGAUAUAAGGGAACUGAUUCACUUGGAUGAUGCAAUGGACGAUGCUGAUCUCAAAUUUGGACCCAAUGGUGGCCUGGUGUUUUGUAUGGAGUACCUGAUGGAGAAUUCUGGCUGGCUGGAGGAGCAACUUGGUGAUGUGGACGAUGACUACGUUCUGUUCGACUGCCCGGGUCAAAUAGAGCUGUACACGCACAUGACAGUCAUGCGCCAGCUUGUGGAACUGCUCCAGCAGCGUUGGAACUUCCGUGUAUGCGGGGUGUUUCUGGUGGACUCCCAGUUCAUGGUGGAUGGAGCAAAGUUCUUGUCAGGAACAAUGGCAGCUCUCAGUGUCAUGGUAAAUCUGGAGCUUCCUCAUAUCAACAUUCUCACGAAGAUGGACUUGCUCAGUAAGAGUGCACGAAACCAGCUUGACAGGUACUUGGAGCCUGACCCACAUACCCUACUGGGAGAUGUGCAGACCAGAUCCAAAUGGAGUGAAAAGUAUCGCCACCUAACAGAAGCUAUUGGUCGUCUCAUAGAAGACUACAGUCUUGUGAGGUUCUACCCUCUUAAUAUUAAGGACGAAGAGAACGUUGCUGACCUCAUGCUUAUGAUUAACAACAUGAUCCAGUAUGGAGAGGAAGCUGAUGUCAAGAUGUGCGACUUUGAUUAUGAAGAUAGAGAAGAUAAGAAUGGAUUAAAUGGAUUGCAUGAAUCUUAAGAGAUUUGGUGACAAACAAUGACUGCUGUCUACCAUAAACACAUUAAAACAAUUCAUGUGAAGGUCAAAACCACAUUAUUUAAUCUUCAGUUCUCUCUUGCAGUGAAAAAGUAUUAUGUACACGUUCCAAGUGAUUAAAGGGAACAUAAACACAAGACACCACAUGUAUAAAGGAAUUGAUUGUAUUAAAUAUAUGUACAGAUCA